UGACCAGGGUGUCACGUGGCCCGGCCCACUGGGAGAGAGGAGACCGGCGGGCUAUGGCAGGCUCCGCGCUCUGGUUUUCGCUGCUGCUGGCGGCAGCGUUCGCUGGGCGGGCGACGGCCCUGUGGCCAUGGCCCCAGUACAUCCAAACCUCCGAGCAGCGCUACACCAUCUUCCCGCACACCUUCCAAUUCCAGUACCACGUCAGUUCGGCCGCGCAGGUAGGCUGCUCCGUCCUCGACGAGGCCUUCCAACGCUACCGUGACCUGCUCUUCGGUUCCGUGUCCUUCCACUUUCCCCAACCCAUGGGAAAACGGCAUAUGUCAGAGAAGAAUUCAUUGGUUAUCCUUGUUGUCACUCCUGGAUGUGACCAGUUUCCUUCUUUGGAGUCUGUGGAGAAUUACACCCUGACCGUAAAUGAUGAGCAGUGUUUCCUCCUCUCAGAGACUGUCUGGGGCGCCCUCCGAGGUCUGGAGACUUUUAGCCAGCUUGUUUGGAGAUCUCCUGAGGGCACGUUCUAUAUCAACAAGACGGAGAUUGAGGACUUCCCCCGCUUCCCUCACAGGGGCUUGUUGUUGGAUACGUCUCGCCAUUACCUGCCACUGGCUAGCAUCCUGGACACUCUGGAUGUCAUGGCGUACAAUAAAUUCAACGUGUUCCACUGGCAUCUGGUCGAUGACUCUUCCUUCCCAUAUGAGAGCUUCACUUUUCCAAACCUCACCAAAAAGGGGUCCUACAACCCUGCCACCCACAUCUACACAGCACAGGAUGUGAAGGAGGUGAUUGAAUAUGCGCGGCUUCGGGGUAUCCGUGUGUUGGCAGAGUUCGACACUCCCGGCCACACUCUGUCAUGGGGACCAGGUGUCCCUGGAUUAUUAACUCCUUGCUACUCUGGGUCUCACCCUUCUGGCACCUUUGGGCCAGUGAAUCCCGCUCUCAACAAUACCUAUGAGUUCAUGAGCACGUUCUUCUUGGAGAUCAGCUCUGUCUUCCCAGAUUUUUAUCUUCACCUUGGAGGAGAUGAGGUUGACUUCACCUGCUGGAAGUCCAACCCAGAUAUCCAGGCCUUUAUGAAGAAGAAAGGCUUUGGUGAGGACUUCAAGAAGCUGGAGUCCUUCUACAUCCAGACGCUGCUGGACAUCGUCUCUGCCUAUGGCAAGGGCUACGUGGUGUGGCAGGAGGUGUUUGAUAAUAAAGUAAAGGUUCAGCCAGACACAGUCAUCCAGGUUUGGCGAGAAGAGAUGCCUGUAAGGUACACGAAGGAGAUGGAACUGGUCACCAGUGCCGGCUUCCGGGCCCUGCUCUCUGCCCCCUGGUACCUGAACCACAUAACUUAUGGCCCUGACUGGAAGAAUAUCUACAUGGUGGAGCCACUGGCAUUUGAAGGUAGCCCUGAGCAGAAGGCUCUGGUGAUCGGCGGAGAGGCCUGUAUGUGGGGAGAGUAUGUGGACAGCACAAACCUGGUCCCCAGGCUCUGGCCUAGAGCAGGGGCUGUUGCCGAGAGGCUGUGGAGCAACAAGAUGUUGACCAACCUGGACUUUGCCUAUAAACGUUUGGCACACUUCCGCUGUGAGCUGCUGAGGCGGGGUGUCCAGGCCCAGCCCCUCAGCGUAGGCUACUGUGACGUGGAGUUUGAACAAACCUGAGCAAGUACCCCAGGCACCGAGGAGGGUGCUGGCCCUAGGAGAGCGGUAGCGGGGCCAGGCUUCCACUGUACCCCCCGCCGGGGGACGGGGCCCCUUGCCCACGUGCCUGUGUGCCUGGAGACAAGGGGGCUGGUGUUGGUGCUGGUGUCCAAUAAAGAGUGAUGUGGUGUUUUUCUAUAAU